AUGGAUCCGGAACAGAAUCCUAUUUUUGCCAGUGUUCAGGCCGACGAAUUCAACGAUUUACAUGUCGAUCAGACAGGGGUACUGGAAAAGGAUCAUCCAUUGCUAGAGCGAUUCCAACAGGCUCUUAAAGCGCAUUUGCUUCGAGUGAAAGAUCAAUUAGAAGAUGAAAUUGCACAAUUGGAUCAUCGUCUUGAGCAGAAUGAAAAAGAAUCAGAAGAGGUGGGAGCUAGGCUUUAUGAUCUUCAGGAAGAGAUCGAUAGUCAGAAAGAACUGUUGGAUAUCUAUGGAAAAGAGAUUCUAGAGGUUUCCGCAAGAAGACAAGCAGAAGACCAAAGACUAGCCGAUUACAAAAGAAAUUAUGAUGAACAGAACCGUAUAUUGAAAGACAUUAAAAAAAUCCACAAUGAACAUCUGCAAGAGCUAGACCACCUAACGGUGCUGGAAAGUGAAUUCUCCAAGUGGGAUAAGGAAAUUAAAGAUGAGAUAUCUGUUGCAAAAAGAGUUACUAGCAAAGAUGCAAAAGACCAAUUGGCUGCUGCCCAAGAAAAGCGCCAGAUGGAUCUGCUAGUUUUUAAUUUGGACGCCGAGGUACGCAAAAAGGAACGAGAACUAGUUGGCAUUGAAGAACAAUUGAGUGAACAGGAAAGCGCUACAGACGUGAUCAAUCGUAGUUUGGCGGAUGCAAACUCCGACUUAGAGGCACUUCAACACGAGCAUAAGCGUCUGUUCCAAGCUUGGGGGGAGGUUAUUGUUGCUAUUCAGCAGAGGGAUAAAGUUCUUUCCAAAACAAAGGAUGAAUUGGAAAGCGUUUAUGAAGAGCACAAAGUAAUUAAAAGCAAGACUGAUAUUACUAAGAAGACUGCCAUAAGGGAAAUGGAAAAAAACGAGGAGCUAUCGGGAUUUAAAUAUAGAAUUCAAGGAGACAUCAAUGCGUUGAACAAGCAAGUUACAAAGGAACAAGAAGAAGAGGACAAGCUCACCCGACAGCUGGACCAUUAUGCCUUGAUUCUGGAACAGACUGAAGCGGAUAUGCUGAAGGCUCAACAAGAGGGAGUGUUAAUAGAGAAUCAUUUAAAAUCACUUCGCCACACGUUGAACAAACAGAAUCAGAAAAAGUUUGAACUUGAGGAACAAAUUUUGGAAUUGCUUCAGGAUCAAAUUACCACGGACAAGGCUGGUGAAUCUCAAGGCAAAGCUUUGAGAGAUGCACAGGAAAAGAGAAGGGAGUUGGAAAUCGGCAUGUCUGAUACGGAAAAUCAAUUAUCAAUUGUACUGCUGAGUUUGGAGAAAUGGCGUGGCAUCGUAGAAAGAUCGAAAGUAGAAGUUCAGAAAGUUAAGAAAGAUCAUGAAUCGGUCGACAGCGAAGCUCGAAAAUAUGAUGAAGAGAUUAAGAAAAUCAAGGAAAUCGUUUCCACGAAACUUCGAAAGCUUGACGCGCUUAAUAGGGAGCUCGAGCAGUUGAUUUCUCAAGCUGGAGGACACGAGCUAAACCCCGAUGAGUUAAAACUUUUAGACGUUCGCCAUGAUAUUGCUGAAUUGGAUGCAAAAAUCAAAGAAUCUCAGGAAUCUUGGCUGAAAUUACAAAACAGUGUAGUGAACUUGUCUGAAAAACGAGUCCAGCAGCUAAAUGAAAUAAAUUAUUCUAGAAAAAAACUGCUUCUGGUAGAACAAAAGUCUGUUAAAAUCGAAGCUCACCUUGAAGAGGUCGCGAACGAAAAUCGCGAAAUUGUACGCUCAUUAUCAUCACUGAACUGCCGUUUGGAUGCUGCAAGUAUGGACCUGUUCAAAACCAAGAAGAUUCACGAAAAAGAGGAACUGGAAUGUGAAAUCUCUCACCAGCAUACAACAGAGCGCUUGAAGGACGCCGAGCUAUGCGUGUUGAGUCUCGAGCAGGAUUUGAAGGAUCUUGGUAAGGAGAUUGAAGAUUGCAAACAAGAGGUUCUGGAAAAGCAUCGCGAAGCAUUGUCAUGGGAGACUAAGUACAAGAUGUCGGCAGAAGCUAAAAUCUUCAAAGAUGAAGAAUCUGCACAGAACAGUGAGAUUGGAAUAAUGAAAGCGGAAAUUCAUCGCAUGCAGGUUCGGUAUGGGCAAUUGAAGCGCAUGCAGGAGAAAUUAGUCUGCGAUUUGGAAAACACAGUUCAUCAUAGGGAGCACAUUUUCGAUUCAGUAAAUGCUCGGGAGAAAGUUCACGGAAGCAAAUUCAAAACAAAAUCAAGCAUGCAGCAUAAAAUAAAUGAACUGAAGAAUAAACUGAAGAUGGUUUUCACAGAAAUUUCCUAUACAGAAAAAAAUUUGAUAGAAAUCGAUACUGCUCAAAAACUAUUGCAGGCCGAAAUUGAGAACAAAAAGCAACUGAUUGAAGAAGAGAAAAUUCAAACAUGUUUAAUUAAAUCGGAAGUUGAACAAGCAACUCUACUGAAACAAGAGAACUUGGACUACAUAGUACGUCAUCAGUAUCGUGCUAGGCGUUAUCGAGCGUUCGCUAACGCUAAGCUACUUCCCAAAUUUCGAAACGAGAUUCUUAUACAGGCCGAUAUUCAGCGCCAGCGUGAAAUCAACGAAACAAUGAUGGGAAUCGUAGAGAAUCUUAUAUUAGAUUUUCCAGGACAGAAGUUUAAUCUGUCCAAAAUUUUACAAUCUUUGAAGUAAUUUACAUAUUCACAUAUUCACGGGAUUUCCUUAGAAUAUUGGAACCAGCAUAUUAAGGUUAGAAGAAACUCCUGAGUGGAUGAAUACUUAUAUCAUUACUUUCGGUUUGUUUUGUGGUGAGCACUU